GAGAAUAAAGAAAAAUUUCAUUCAGGGAUUAUGAAAUAGGUUGAUCCAAAACCAAACUCUAAAUACCCCAUUGCCGAUAAUUCAUUUUACUUAGAUACAGAUGAUUCAUCUCUGCCUCAUGAUAAUUCUCGUGAUUAUUCAGAUCAAUGCCGUCAGUAUCUGCUUUCAAAGUGCGUACAAAGUAAAGGAACUCGUUCAGACAGUCAGGCGUUAGAAUACUCCUGGUCUUGUGAAGAGCAUGAUGUAAUGACGAUCGGUAGCUGCCAAAUCGAGGACACACUCCUGAACUGCUGUCAAACUUAUUGUCGAGAAGGGAAUUAUACUUACACUCUAGAUAUGGGAUCAGGUCUUGAUACUAAAGUGAGAAAAGUACCUAAAGGAGUUUCCACUGAUGUUGAGAUCAGUUUUUAUAUAAAUAACAACAGCAGUGAGAGCAAAAUGGUCCAAGUUAUUAUCACCUACAAAGUGUUUAAAGACGCAGGGAGGGUUAUUGCAGUUAUAUUGCACCGAAAAGCAAGGAAUGAAGCCAGUCUUUGGAAUUAUAACGGCAGCAUCUAUACACUGAUUUCUGAUGUCGUUGGAAUUGAACUUGACCCUCCUCAGAAUGAAACUAUUCAAGAUAAAAUCAUCAUUUAUUUUAGUCACAACGAGCUGAAGAUUGAUCCAAAAAUUGUCGAAAGGCAAUGCGUCUUCUGGAUGGAGGAUUUCAACUCCACGAACGGCGGUUCGUGGUCAAGUGAUGGCUGCACGGUACUGAAUGAUUCUUCCAUGCUUUCGACUGUUUGCAGUUGUAACCACCUCACGAAUUUCGCAGUUCUAAUGCAAUACAAGGACAUUGAGGAAGGUAACAUUCCACCGGAGCACAGAAGGGCAUUGCUCAUUAUUACCUACGUUGGUUGCUCCUUAUCCCUCGUUGGGGAAGCACUGGUCAUAUUCGUCUAUGUGACAUUUAUGAAAAUUAAAGCCGAAGGAAUCCAAGUCAGGCUGAAUCUUUCCACGGCUCUGUUUCUUGCUCAGCUAGUAUUUUUAUCCGGAAUCGAUGCUACCAGCAAUAAGUCCGUGUGCAUCUUAGUGGCUGUUUUACUCCACUACUUCUAUCUGGCAGCGUUUGGAUGGAUGCUCAUAGAGGGAGUUUUUUUGUACAUAAUGAUUGUAGAGGUAUUCAACACAGUGAACAUGCGGUACCUCUAUUUCUUUGGCUGGGGUUUCCCAAUCGUACCAAUAGUUAUUUCGCUAAUAAUUGGCUCAGGCGGUGAAAAAGGACUUGAUACUUACACAAAUGAAAACUUCUGCUGGUUAUCCUUCCACAAGCACUUGAGCUGGGCCUUCAUCGUCCCUGUGUUACUUGUGACAGUUAUCAACUUUGGGGUACUCAUGGCGGUGUUACGAGAGAUCAGGAAUCUCCAUGAACCUAAUCCCUCUAAAAUGAAGACCUUGAGAAAAACUCUGAAGUCGUUUAUCAUCUUAAGCCCUCUACUGGGUUUAACUUGGAUAUUUGGUCUCUUGGCUGUCACGGACGCAGGGUUGGAGUUCCAGUAUGUUUUUACAAUACUUAACUCCACACAGGGUAUGCUCAUUUUCCUCUUGCAUGUGCUGAGAAACAGUGAAGUUCGUGCAGCAUUCCAGCACAAAAUGUUGAAAUGGAGGUUCAACAUAUUUCACAGCAGCUCUUCCAGCCGCACUCAUGCAGAGAUGUCUGCGCAGUCCGGUGGCAAGCGAAAACGGAAAGUAGACCAUGAAGAACACAAAAAAGAGCUAAAUCAUAACACUAGACCAGGAGAACAGAUGGCAUUUAUCGUCAGACUACCUCCUCCAAGCGUUCGCUAAAACUUCAUCUACAGUUUCCUGCAUCAGUUUUUUAUUCUUCAACCCUAAGAGUGACAAGGAUCUAAUUUGUAUCUAGGGUACCACUGCUUCAUCAAACAUUAAGGAGAUUUAAAUCGAAUUAACCAUUCGAAAUUUUCUAAAUAAAUGCUAAAAAUGUUGAUCAACCAUACCACCAUUAUUCAAAAGAAAAGAGGAGCCGAAACAAUGCCACAACGCGACAAAAAUAUCUUUUUCUGUACUUCUUAGCAGUUGUUUAAAUAGAUCGCCAAGCAACGCGACAGAAAAGGAGCGAGACCACGUCAUGCUAAGAGAAAAAGGCCCGGUUACCUAAAACGUCGGCAGCGUUUGUUGUCGAAUUUUCAGCAAAAUUUAUAAUGAUUUGAGUAAAUUAGUUUACUUUGAGAAAUCUCCAGAUGGGGUUGACAUCAUAGAUCCAUAUGUACUAUUUGAUGCAGAAAAUUGAAAAAAAAAUGUAUAGAUUGUGGUAUAUUCCAAGAGAUUCUAUAAUCUCUCUUGCAUUUUCUUAUCCUUCAUCUUCAAAUUGUAAAGGGAUAUUUUAAAGUUAUCUGAUGUAUAUUAAAUAAAUGUGUUUUAAAACA